AUGACACAGGUGGUAUGGUUAAUGACCUGCGAGAACCAAGAUGAUAACCAAGAUGAUGACCAAGAUGAUGACCAAGAUGAUGACCAAGAUGAUGACCAAGAUGAUGACCAAGAUGAUGACCAAGAUGAUGACCAAGAUGAUGACCAAGAUGAUGACCAAGAUGAUAACCAAGAUGAUGACCAAGAUGAUGACCAAGAUGAUGACCAAGAUGAUGACCAAGAUGAUGACCAAGAUGAUGACCAAGAUGAUGACCAAGAUGAUGACCAAGAUGAUGACCAAGAUGAUGACCAAGAUGAUGACCAAGAUGAUGACCAAGAUGAUGACCAAGAUGAUGACCAAGAUGAUGACCAAGAUGAUGACCAAGAUGAUGACCAAGAUGAUGACCAAGAUGAUGACCAAGAUGAUGACCAAGAUGAUGACCAAGAUGAUGACCAAGAUGAUGACCAAGAUGAUGACCAAGAUGAUGACCAAGAUGAUGACCAAGAUGAUGACCAAGAUGAUGACCAAGAUGAUGACCAAGAUGAUGACCAAGAUGAUGACCAAGAUGAUGACCAAGAUGAUGACCAAGAUGAUGACCAAGAUGAUGACCAAGAUGAUUGCGCAAGUACUUUCAUUAGUUGGGUUAGUCUAGCCUACCAUAUAACCCUCCAACAAAUACAUUCUCAAUUUUACCUUUGA